AACCAGACUUGACACUCGAGAGCCAGUCCUCUUUCGUACGCCACAACACAUUACACAACAUGGCAGCAGAACGAUCUCUACGAUCGGUGUACGAUGAGGCCGAAACCAAGCGUGCUAACACCGAGUCGUUUGGCAAUACCAAUACUACGGCCUUUCAGGAGAACGUCCUCGCCGCCAUCCGCCUCUACGAAGAAUGUCUGAGCAUAGUCGAUCGCCUAUCUCUCUUUAGCCCAAACGAGGCACUCGAAGACAUCGCAACGUUAGACUUGCAAUAUCUGCUCCUAAACUUCAGAGUAGCUGAACUGCUGUUGCGCCUCAACGACCAUUCGCAGCGCAAAGCCAACCUUCAGAAAGCGCAAGCACGUUAUGAACGCUUCUUGCGGCACUUGGACAACUACGACCUCCUAAGCAAGACCGAUGCUGCGAUCUUGGAACAGUACCACGAGUCUCCUAACACGUUUAGUACCACCUCCACAUCUGAUGCCGCGGCACGCCGGGAUGCCAAGAUCAAGCGCUUCAAGGACGAGAAGGCUCUGAAGCAGAAAUUGGAGUACCUCCGUAGCAAUCCUUCUGUUAUUCAGAAUGAUGAGGCGGUUGCACGAGAGGUGCAGUUGACUGAAAUCGCUUUUUGCACGCACCGGACCUUUCAGCAGCUUGAGAGCAUCAGCCAAGAGCUGCAAAUCCUAGCUCUUGCGCCACCGGCACCGCCCCCAGACCUCGCUACUCAACGUGGUCCGGAUGCACGAGAACGUAGCACCAGGAACGACAGUGCCUACUCUGAGCGCCUAGACGGCCCUCUUGCAUCACUCAACGCCAACGUUCGCGGCCCGCUUCUGGACAGAUCGGGCAAACCCUUACGACCGUUCACCCUUACAUCGAAACGCCAAGAGUUCCAGAACGGCGUCUUCCGGCCCGAUCACAGCUUACCUACCAUGAGCAUCGACGAGUAUCUGGAGGAGGAAAGGCGGCGAGGUGGUAUGAUCGACGGUGGAGGACCGCAAAGCCAAGUUCAGCCGCAAGUAGAUGAGGAUGAUAUGGAGGCUGCUGAUCGUGAGACGAUGAAGGCAAGAGAAUGGGAUGAAUAUGUUGAAGCUAAUCCAAAGGGGAGUGGCAACACGCUAAACAGAGGGUGAAGAUAUCGCAGUAGUAGACAUUCACUACCUCCACGCUUGCCAGGCAGCAAGAUCCACUGAUCCGCUCUUUAUUUCGCGGCGUCAGCUUCACAAAUCCACCCUUCACAAGGCCAUUAUUGGUGUUAUCAUUCGCGAUACACAACCUGCAAAGACCA